AUGGUGGUGUGGAUACAAUUGUCGUCCUUCCCGGUACAUUUUUAUCACAAGGAGAUCCUUUUCACGCUAGGGAAUAUGAUUGGUCGUUCAAUCAAACUAGACUUCCACACGCAACAUCAACAACGCGCGAAGUUUGCCCGGAUGGCGGUGGAGCUGGAUCUUUCCAAGCCUUUAGUAACGCGAAUCCGAUUAGAUGGGAAAUGGAAAUACAUAGAGUAUGAGAAUCUGCCUGCAGUUUGUUUCGAAUGCGGAAAAAUUGGACACACGACGUCGUCUUGCCCGUCCCUGACGGCGAACAUGCCAGCAGCCACCACCGGAUCAUUGACAAGGUUGCCGGAGGGCUGGCCGGAGACUUCGUCGGAGGAUAAGACCGGAUUUGGUCCCUGGAUGCAGGUAACGAGACGGUCACGGCGCGGAUCGCGGGCAUCUGAGAAAGGAAAUACUGGCGCGACGCAGGGAGACUUGACAAAUUUUGGAAAAGCUGGAAAAGGAAAGAUUUCGAACAGGAAUAUGGAAGGUUCUAACGGGCAGAAACAGUCUCCAAGCCAGCGGGAGGAGAUGGUGCGGGGCGGAUCGCAUGAAAAAGGAAAGACAGCUGGGGCAGGGCAACUGAUAGCAUCGUAUUUGCACGUGUUUUCACUCUGGUUUCCUGUCCAUGUUGGCUCGAAUUGA